AUGAGGUUCCUAUUAGAAACGUACAAGCAGUAUCAGGCCUUGAUAUUUGCAUUAGAGGAGGUCAACAGACGAUUUGACCUACUACCCAACAUCACCCUGGGUUUCCAGGUCUAUGACUCUUGUGCUGUGCUGCAGAGGGAGAUGAUGGGCACAAUGCUGAUGUUAACAGGUCAGGCACAGGCAAUACCUAAUUACUGUUGCCAAAAGAACUCACAGCUGGUUGCUGUCCUUGGCCAUUCAUUAUCUACCACAUCUAUUCUCAUGGCUCAUAUCCUGGGUCUCUACCGAUACCCUCAGAUCAGCCAUUAUUCAACCAGCUCAGUCCUGAGCGACAGGACACAGUUCUUUUCUUUCUUCAGGACUGUUCCCAGUGAUACAUUCCAGUCACAAGGGCUGGCCCAACUGUUAAUACAUUUUGGAUGGACCUGGGUUGGAUUGAUUGCAACUGGAAAUGAUUAUGGACAAUUGGGAAUCCAGGUUAUUAAACAAGAACUGAUCAAAGCUGGAUAUUGUGUGGCCUUCACAGAAUUUGUUCUGUCUAACCUUGCGGAUAAAAAUAUCCCCUAUCUAGCUAAGGUCAUCAAAGAGUCAACUGCCAGAGUGGUGGUCGUCUUCUCCAGUGACCUAUUCUUUGCUCUUCUUCUGGACAAAAUGUUAAGUUCUAGUGUUACUGGGAGAACAUUUGUGGCAAGUGAAACAUGGUCAACUUCAAGUCUAUUAUCGACAGAAAAAUAUGCAAACAUACUUGCUGGCUCUAUUGGCUUUGCUUUUCACAGUUCAACAAUACCAGGCUUCAGAGAAUAUCUUAAUAUUGACAGUGGUCAUAAAGUUGACACCUCAGACAAGAGCCUUAGUAAAAUAUUCUGGGAAAAAAUGUUUGGCUGUAAAUUUUCUGAUAAAAAAAAACCCUCUGAUUUGAAUAAUAAUACAAAUGCAUGUACAGGGAAUGAAGAGUUGAAAAGUGUUAAUAACAUAUACACAGACAUGACCAAUUUAAGAGGUUCAUACAAUAUCUACAUUUCAAUUCAAAUCAUAGCCAAAUCAUUGCACAAUCUUUAUAGCUGCCAAGAAGGAAAAGGGCCAUUCUUCAAUAAAAGCUGUGGGAAUAUUAGAAACUUUAAGCCAUGGCAGCUGCUGUACUAUCUGAAGAACGUACAUGUAAACUUGAGCAACGGAAGACAAGUCUCAUUUGAUAGAAAUGGGGAUCUCCCUGCAGUGUUCGAUAUUGUGAACUGGCAAUUGGGUGCAGAUGGUGUCAUGAAGCAGGUCAAGGUGGGAACCUACGAUACAGCAGCCACAGAUGGGAAUAUCUUUAUGAUCAACACUAGCGCCAUCAUGUGGAAUUCAGGGACAGAUCAGGUCCCUGUCUCAGUCUGUCGCCAAAGUUGUCCACCAGGUUUCAGAAAGACAAUUAGGCAGGAUCAACCUCCAUGUUGCUUUCAGUGUGUCCCAUGCCCACAAGGAGAAAUAUCCAAUCAUACAGAUUCGUAUGAUUGCUUCAAGUGUCCCUGGGAUAUGUGGCCAAAUGUAAAAAAACAAACAUGCUUCCCUAAGACUACAGACUUUCUCUCUUAUGAAGGGCCACUGGGUGCUACCUUAACUGCUACCAGUGCUAUAUCUUGUUUAGUCCCAUUUCCAAUUUUAGGACUAUUUUUUAAUUACAAAAACACUCCAAUUGUAAAAGCAAGCAAUUACUCUUUAAGUUGUCUUCUCCUGGUAUCUAUAUCUCUUUGCUUCCUCUGCAUUUUGAAUUUUAUUGGUUAUCCCAAUGCCGAGAAGUGUCUUGCAAGACAGGUUACAUUUGGCAUGGUUUUCACUAUUUGCAUCUCCUGCAUUUUGGCAAAAACUGUUAUGGUAGUUCUUGCGUUCAUGGCCACCAAACCAGAUAGCAGCCUUCGGAAAUGGACAAACAUUUGGGUUUCCUACAUGAUUAUCUUUCUCUGCUCCCUCAUACAACUUAUUUUAUGCAUUUCUUGGUUAAUAAACUCCCCACCAUUCCCUGAAAAAAACAUUCAAACACAACCAGGAAUAAUUAUCUAUGAGUGCAAUGAAGGCUCACCAACAGCCUUUUGGUGCAUGUUGGGGUAUCUCGGUCUCCUUUCCACCAUCAGUUUCUUUGUGGCUUUCCUUGCACGGAGACUCCCUGACAGCUUCAAUGAGGCAAAGUUCAUCACUUUCAGCAUGCUGGCCUUUAUAAGCGUUUGGGUAUCCUUUAUUCCAGCAUCUCUCAGUUCCCGUGGUCAAUAUGUGAUAGCCAUGGAGAUUUUUGCUAUCUUGUCGUCCAGUUGGGCUCUAGUGAUCUGCAUGUUUAUACCAAAAUGUGUCAUCAUACUCUUCAAACCCAGCAUGAAUUCUCGAGAAAAACUCAUGGCAAAAGUCAUAGACUGA